GAGUGAGCGAGAGAGGGAGAGAGAGAGCAGCUCGCCGGCCCAUUGAGGAAAGAUGGCUACAGUCACUGCAAACGGAGUGCAGCAAGAGAAUGGAUUCAGCACCACGAACAGCGCCGGCAGGAUGAACGGGCUCAGCAUCGGCCAGAACACCAUUCCAAUGAAGGACCACGACGCCAUCAAGCUUUUCAUCGGGCAGAUUCCCAGAAACCUGGAGGAAAAGGACCUGAAACCCCUGUUUGAGGAAUUCGGAAAGAUAUACGAACUCACUGUACUGAAAGACAGGUUUACGGGAAUGCAUAAAGGAUGUGCCUUUCUAACAUACUGUGCCAGAGAGUCAGCGCUGAAGGCCCAGAGCGCCCUCCAUGAACAGAAGACUCUGCCAGGGAUGAACCGGCCCAUCCAGGUGAAGCCAGCCGACAGCGAAGGACGAGGAGAAGACAGGAAGCUGUUUGUGGGAAUGCUCGGCAAGCAGCAGAGCGAGGAGGACGUCCGGCGGCUGUUCGAGACCUUCGGCCAGAUCGAGGAGUGCACCGUCCUGCGAGGGCCUGAUGGGGCCAGUAAGGGAUGCGCCUUUGUCAAGUUCUCCAGCCACGCAGAAGCGCAGGCCGCCAUCAACAGCUUGCAUGGUGGACAGACUAUGCCUGGUGCCUCGUCCAGUCUGGUGGUCAAAUUUGCAGACACUGAUAAAGAGCGGACCCUGCGCAGGAUGCACCAGAUGGCGGGCCAGCUCGGCAUCUUCAGUCCCAUGACCAUCCAGUUUGGGGCCUAUGGCGCCUACUCUCAUGCUGUAAGUCUCAGCCCGGCGGGGGAGGAGACGCAGAUGAUGCAACAGCAAGCAGCCCUGAUGGCAGCAACACAAGGGUCCUACAUGAACCCCAUGGCUGCCAUCGCUGCGGCUCAAAUGCAGCAAAUGGCAGCUUUCAAUGUCAACGGCCUGGUGGCUACUCCCAUGACAUCGUCCUCAGGCACCAGCACACCCCCAGGCAUCUCUGCCACAUCCGUGCCCAGCCUAGCCACCACGAUCGGGGUUAACGGAUUCAGUACCCUCCCUCAAAGCAACGGGCAGGCCACUGAGCACGUCUACACCAACGGUAUUCACCCUUACCCAGCACAGAGUCCAACGGUGAACGACCCUCUCCAACAGGCUUAUGCUGGCGUCCAACACUACGCAGCAGCCUACCCUGCCGCCUAUGCGCCAAUCAGCCAAGCGUUCCCCCAGCAACCAACCAUCAUUCCCCAGCAACAGAGGGAAGGGCCAGAAGGUUGCAACCUGUUUAUUUAUCACCUGCCCCAGGAGUUCGGAGAUGCGGAGCUCAUGCAAAUGUUCCUGCCUUUUGGCAACGUCAUCUCCGCCAAAGUGUUUGUGGACCGAGCGACCAAUCAGAGCAAAUGUUUUGGCUUUGUGAGUUUUGAUAACCCGUCCAGUGCUCAAGCCGCCAUCCAGGCCAUGAACGGCUUUCAGAUAGGCAUGAAGAGGCUGAAGGUGCAGCUAAAGCGGCCGAAGGAUGCCAACCGACCUUACUGACUCGUCUGCUGUCCAUACCCAGGAUGAAGGGCCACAACACCUUAUUUCCACAAGUGCAGUAAAAGUACAAAGACUUCUUGCUCUGCUACAUAUCAUGAAGGAAGGGUGGUCCCUUGAUCCUGCUGAAAACCCGCUGAAAGAUUGGGUGGCUGAGAAAAAGGAUCCCAGAGUUGUUGUUGUUUCCUUUUCUUUUUUCUUUCUUCGCACAUGCCUCUUUUUUCCCUGUUUUGCUUUGGCGGCUGUGGAAGAAGAUUUUUUGCAGAGACCAACUUUUUGCUGCUGUUUUUUAGACAUGAUGGGGGAAAAAACCUUUAUAGACUCAUUAUGCUCAAAGCAUGCAUACUGACACAGGAUAUAGAUAAACACACAUAACAAACAAGACAUACACAUUUGAAGAUACUACACUUAAAAAACAAUGAAAAAUGAAAAAAAUGAAAAACUUUGUACAUCUAUAAAUACGUGCAAAUGCCAACUCAAAGACGCAAACACGUGCGUGUGCGCACACACAAACACACACAAACACACACACCAGCCUGCUGCCAUUUUGGUUUUUGUGCCUACACAGGUGUUGUGCUCUGUGACAGGGCGAGCUCUGGAUCAAAGAAGAAGAAGAAGAGGGAGAAGAAGAGGAAGAGGAGGGAGAGGAGAAUCCAGGAUAAUUUACAUGCAUCAUUCCUUAGGAAAUAGGGACCAAAGGACUAAACGCUUUUUAAAAGAAUAUAAAUAUAUAAAUAUAUAAAUAUAUAUUUAAAAACUCAUACCUUGUAGCUGCAAGUAUUACAAUUUACUCGUAGUCAAAAAAAUCAUUAAAUCAAUAUCCAGUGGCCUACUGUAAGUAUGAAUAAAAGAAAAUGGAAAUAAUGUAUAAAAAAAGAAAUGGCAUCGUAGUAUAGGGGAUGAUCUUUUGCUCUGGAUGCUGAUUUAGCGCCAGGUUGUAGUAUAGUAAAGUAGAUUAGAAAAACAAUGUAGAUUUGCUAACUUUUGCUGUUGUUUAAAAAAAAUACUUGAAGUCGUAAUGAAAAGUGGGCAAAAGUGAAGGAAAAUGGAAAACAUUCAUCCGCCCCUGUACGCAACGAGUCUCUUUCUCUUGGAUGUUAAGGUAUCAGCCACUGGAUAUCUCGCUCAUCAUGAUGUUUAAGUCACCGCACUCUCUGACAGCUAUGAACAGACUGUUCUGGAAGAAAAAAAAGUGUAAAAAAAAAGAAGACAGAACUAACUCAUGUCUGUGCUGGACAGGGUGUGCAGACGUCUGAGGCUUCUCACUGGCCUUUGUGUUCAAGCGACAAUCCACUGUAAAGACCAAGCAAAUGGACAUGGGGUGUGUUUUUCUUUUUUUUCUUGACCUUUUGUAUUGCAACAAGGAGUGUGAAUUAUGAAGCCACAAGUUGUUAAGGGGUAAUGGUUCUACUUAGAGAGAUGGACAAAUGGACGGUCAUGAGGGCAACAGAAGGUGACAGCUACUGAAACUGCCAGCAGAAUGAACUCAGUAUACAAAUGAAAUGGCCCUUAGGAAAUCUGUCAGAAAAAACGAAGUAUGCCUGGUGUACACAAGCAGGACAAUAACUGACAGGCCAAGGAUACACACUAUGUGUCCACUGCAUCAGCUGCAAAACCCGGAUACAUUUCACCUCCUGUCUCCUUGCAGAGAAACACUCCCUGAAGACAAACUAUUUACGGUAUCAAUGGCAAGGAAGUGCAGGCUUUUAGAGCUAAUUUUGCUCUGUCAAAUAUAAUGUAAAUUCCUCUAUUAACAUGUUCCCCGCCCUGCUUUUCAUCAUGUAUUAUACAAAGAGCCAACGCUUAAACAGACAAUAUUUAAACUCCAUUAUUCAGCUCGCUUGUAGCCACCCUGACACUGACGCCAGGCAGGACAGAGAAAAGCACUCCACUCUUGUCAUGUCCUGAUUUAAAGCCUUUAUUUUGACUGUUUUAGAGCUCUGGAUGCAGGCUCUUCUCUAAAAAGCAGAUCAAUAUGUUUGGCAUGAGUCUAGAGGGAGGAGCGAUGCUGCUUCAGUCACUCUCAACACUUCCCAAUUUUCUCACCAGCUCACAUCCGUACACCAGCCCUUUGAGCGGUGGCAGCUGGCGGUAAGAGGCAUGGCUAGGCAAGGAGGGAAGGAGGGGAAGAGAGGAAGUCAACAACCAAACAUGACAUCAGGAUCUUUCAGACAUAUGCUUCUAGGAUAAAGGCCAAUGACUUAAUCUGGAAAUGUAGAAGCUGUAAACAAGCUCCUGGUGGCAAACACUAUACUGUAUGUGCUUUUGAAAAACAGGGUUCAAACGUUUAGAAAUUAGGCUCAAAUCCAACCAAUUCCUAUUUACUACUGAGACUAAUAAAGGUAUUCUGAUUCUGACUCUCCUCCUUGCCAUUCCAUCCUUUUUACCGCUAGCUUUGCUCAGAGAGAAAUAUAAAAAAUCACUGAAGGAGGGACUGAAACAUGUGCCAGCCAAUAGCUAAAUGCACCGCUCUUCUUGGAGAUUUACAUAAGCGGAAGGUUUUAAUUUGAUAUCAACGUGCCAUAUAACCCCCUCUCUUUCCGGUGUCCUAAGAGCAGCCAUGCCUUUCUAAACCUCUGUGCAACUGUUCAGCAGCUCUCUCCCCUUGGAACAGCAUUUUCAAACCUGGCUAAUGUCUGCGCUCACUACCCUUCAAUUAUCUCCUGCACCGUAUUAGACAUGCUAUUUCACCUUUCCCUCUAAUCACAGUGUAAUCACCAGCCUCUAUACAUUAGCAGCAACCAAGUGAAAAAUCACCGGGAUAAUCACUUGGACCAAAUGACGGGAGAGAUGGUCCCCUGCAUGCACGUGGAUGACAGAAGGAAGAUUAGAGAGAAUUAUGUUUGUGCCUUCUCCCUGGCAAGGCUGCUGACAGCUGACCUGGCACCAAUAACACUGCGAAAUGUACUCAAAGCGGCAAAGGAAGAUGUGGGAUAAAACCUUCCAUGUCAUAGCAAGGUGUUUAAAAAGGAGAUUAGCAAAAACUAAAAGAGAAAGCUGGACGAUACAACCAUAUUCUUCAAACACUCAAAUUGGGUCAAAACCAACAAUUUAAAGGAAAAUCUGCAAUUCUUAAGAAGUAUCUUCAUCUCUUUUUAUUUCACAAAAUGUAAUUGUUUAAUAAAUACACGCAUAUACAAUUAUUGCAAAGCACCUGAAAGAAUAUUUUAGAAGCACAGUACUUCUUUAGUUUGAAAUUUGUGGCCAUUAAAACACAGCUUUUUAAACAUGGUAUUCAAAUAAAAAGUAGAGUAGCCCUCCCAUUCAACGAUUAAUUGGAAGCUAUAGUGGAAAUGCAGUAAGCUACAUGUUUUGUCGUUGAGUGAAGUGGGUCAAAACAAAGCCAUGUUCUGCAAACCGAUUUGUGCUCAUUCAUGUGAAGCUGAACUAAUCGAUGGGAAAUCUAAUGUUGCAUGAGCAAUGACAUUUCCUGUGCUUGUCUCUGCCAUCUUUAGAAUACAUUCUGCGAGUGAGGCGCUGUCAGGCUGAACAUGAACUCUGCAUGCCUGCUCCGCUGAUCUCCUCUCUGUCUUAUAUCUGAUGCUGUGUGAGUUCCCUCUGCUAAUGGCAGGUUGAGUCCCCAGUGAGCCAAACAAAACCUCGCCUGGUAUCCUGCUGUCUGCUUGGCUAACAGUGCAGUGUUCAUGUAGCAUCAAUGCUAUGCCAGGGCUAAAUUAGGCUUUGUGAAAUCAGAAUUUCAACACUUUUAACAACGGUUGCUGUUAUAGCUUAUACACUCAGGGGAGGGUGUUACUGAGGUGACGUGCAUUACAAACAGAAAUAGCUCUGAAACCUGCUCGGAAACUACCAAAACAUGAAAAGGAAGUAGUCUCCGCCCGCCCUGUCUGUCUACUCUUGUUAUAAAUCCAGGCCAUGUUUCACCUCUAAGAGCAAUGAUAAACCCAGAAGGCACUAAGCUGUUGCCAAAAAGGAUAUUGUGUAUGUCCUCUAAUUUAAAAAGAUAAAAAAAGAACAUGGCAUUUUAACCUAAAGGAAUCAGUAUGAAUCAAAUUAUUGUGAGAGUAAAACAUGCAAAGCAAAUCCUUCAAGGCAAUGUCAAGUAUUAUGUCCAUACCCCCGAAGCAUACAGCUUUUCUUCUCUUCUCACACUGCCUUUUUUUUUUUUUUAGCAAUCAGUGAUUUAGUGUGCACAUAUCCAGCACUCUCAGUAUGAGCUCACUGACACUGAUGCGUGCACCCACUCUGACCCUGUAUUAUUAAACGAGAAUUUGGGGGGUUUAUACAUAAUAUACCCUUUUCCUCAGCUGCCACUACACCACUGCUUAUAAGGUCAGUUCUCUAGAGGACCGUGUAUCCUUAGAAGGCCCCAGCCAAUGGCAGGCGGAGUAGAGAACUGCUGGAGCAUGUCUACGAGUCCCCAACCCCCUGGGUGCAUAACACUCACCCUAAAAUAGCAGAGAUUGUCAAGGAAAGGAAGUGAAAUGUAAUUGACUGAAAGUGGAGAGAUAAUUAAAGGAACCUGUUGGACAGGAGGGAAGAAAUUAAUGCCUCUCAUUUAAUAGCUGCUUUGGGAGAGAGCUUUUCCGUCAUUUCACUCACUUUGCAGCGGAGAGGGUUUUGCUGUGGAAAUGGGAUUUAGUAUGGAAAAGGGGUGGAGAUUGAAACAGGCACUGGGUGGCGGGGGUGCUUUGUGCUAAACUGACACUCCACAAAAUCACUCCCAAUGCUCAAGGCAUCAGGCGCUAUGAUGUCAUGAUUAGUGGAGAGGUUCAGAGCCUUGCAUUAUCCAUGAUCCUGAGGGAGGUCGGGCAGAAUCACAUAUAAGAAGUGAGCCAGCAGAAAGGCAGAUGAAACACCUUUGCAUGUAUUGUAUCGCCAUCCAAUUCCAACUGACUAACUAACUAACUACAAAGAAACCUGCCAUUUUUCGCACAGUGAAACGCUGAAGGUGUCUGAUUACAUUCAACAACAUGGCUGACAGUAAUGAAGACUUUUUGUAUUCCUUAAUGUAAAUAGCCUAUUAAAUACAAAAACAGAGGACGGUUGUAUAGCAGCUGGUGUUGAGAAUCCCAACUCUGUGGGACAAUGAUGUCACUAUAAAAUGUAUCCACAGCAGUGCAGGGAUCUAGGAGAGUUGUAGUUCCCUUAAGCCCCUUAAGUUUGGGCUCUGAACAUGAACAGCAUCCUACAACCCUGAGCGUCGGACCAAGGCUUAGGGAAGUGUUUGACUUAGUGUCAAAGCUAAGCCACAGCCCCGAAGUGAUCCGUUAAUUAAGAUUCUGUGUUCACCGACUUGUCAUGAUUUUUCUGACAGAAGGAAGAUCGCCUGUGCGGUAAUUGGAUUAGUCCAUUUGGGGCUGAUGAACAGAUAUGACAGUGACAGUAGAGUUCAUCCAUCUGCAUGCUCACCGCAAAAAACAAAAAAAAUGCAAAAAGCAUCAGCCAUCACGACUACACUUUUUAAAAUUCAUUAGAAGUGAAAGUUUGGGCUUUUUAAGGAGGUUAGUUUUGCAAAAAUGUAAACUCCAGGUUCGUUCGACAUGUACAUAAUUCAUUUUCGAGUCACACGGUGGAACCCACAUGUACGUGGUUCGGCCACGAUUGGAGGAAGGGGAGAAACAAGAGAACAUUUGUUGUAGAACCCAGCAGAACCCCCUGCCAGCUCGACCCAAUCUGCCACAGCUCUCCUUGACCACACAGCUGCGUUUCUCCUGUACAUACAAUAUAGCUUAUUUUUCAAUUAUGUUGAACCUUCUUUAUAAGCCGUACAAUAGAACAUGUUCAAACGUUUAAAAAAGAAAAAAGAAUAGUUAAUAUAUUUCAGUGAAACUAAGAAAAAGGAACCUAUGAAAUAAUUUAUCCAAAUGAUGAAAUGAUGUUAUUUCUUGUAUAGUGAAGCACUGAUGUUCAAAAAUGGGAUUUUAUACUCAUGUUGGUUCUUUUAUUUCUUUUCUGCUUUGUUAUUAUCUGCUGAAGCUGGGAUAGACCCAUUGUCAUGAGGUUUAUUCGGAUAUACUUUGAUCAUUUUUUCUUUAUUCUGUUUUUUUUCUGGCUGCACAAUCCCUGUAUGAAAUCCCUCGCGGAUGGGCAAGUUCAAAGAGGUCUUUUUUGCUCACAGGAAGCUCUUAAAUCAAUACAAGAAUUAACAAACUGCACUGUAAAAUGGAUAAUUGAUGGUACCUGUCAUGUGGAUUCAGAAAAAUGAGUCCAAUGCAUAACUGGGUUUAAACGAAUCAGCAUUGCAUGUUCAAAAAGAAUCUCAUUUGAGGCCUUUUGUUGUUUGGAGAAAAAAAAAAAAGACAAAAAAAUGUCAAACUUUUCAGUCAGAAUGGUUUGAGACCGACGCUGUCAUAUCUCAUUGUCUUUAGGCCAUUUAUGUAAUGUUUUUAUCUUGUCUAUCUCUAUCACAAUGUAAUUGUUAUUUACUUUUUUUCAAAGGGUUGACAUAUCUGUUCAUUUCAUCUUCUCUGUUAUUACAAAAGAAACGUUUUUUUUCCACGGUUUAUCUGAUCCCAUCCACUGAAGACAUUGUACCAACAGUAGAUAGCGCCACAUUGCUUUAUUCCAGUCAGGUUGACUUGUUAACACAAGGAGGGAAUUCUGCCUUAAACCCAGCCUGUUCUCUCCGACAGUACUACCUGUGAGCCGCGGUCAGACACACUGUAUUCUGGGGAUGCCAAAUGUACUAUCUUAAAAAAAAUCUGUUGUGAAGACAUCAUACACUCCACCAGUCAGUUUUGCCUCAAGCCCAUUCUGACACACAUUUAGGAUGUGGUCACCCACCUCCAUUUCCAUUGGUUACAAGGACCAAAAUGUAAACAGCUAACUGAGCAGUUUGCUCCAAUCAAGCAUUCAAUGAGAGCCUUUAAAGAAUUUACAUUGAGUUGUAGGUGACUUUGCACCAUGUAUAUUUGUAUCAUAAAUCAUUACAUUCCCAGCUUCACUAUCUAGUUUCAUCUAUUCAUAUGUUCUCAUGACUUGAACAAUCUUUUUUUUUUUGGUUUAAAACAGAGAUGUAAUUUGAAAUAGCGUUGGCUCGGGUCCCUGAUUCGGGGUGAUAUCUCCUAUAGUGCUCCUGAACUCUGUAGUUCUCUAGUUCAUUAUAUUCUGCUUAGACUAAAAUAAAGCACAGUCCUGUAGAAGAUUGA